AUGUUUCAUCAAGCCACUUAUAUUCAACACCUUAAUCUUCAACGAAGAAAAAUUCGAUAUGUCAAACGGAAAAAUAAGGAUUAUAUCAAUGCCCCUAUGGAAACUUGGAUAUCUUUUGAAUUCGAAAUUGAAAUCAUAAAUAUAUUAGAAGUUCGAAUGAUUGAAGAAACAUUUAUUUAUGGUGUAAAGACUGAAGAUAGCUACAGAAUUCAAAAAAUCAUUUCUGACGGAGCAUGCGGAGACCCAACGAAAACAUACAAUAAAAGCGAAAUUGUGAACAAAAUGAUUGAAUUGUAAGAAUUAUUGACUUAGUCUGAAUCACAUACUGUUUAAUUUCAGAAUACCAGAAAGACUAAUCGAUUUGCUAGAUGAAAAUAAAUUCGAAGCAAUCAUCGACACAGAUCACAAUUUUGACAGAAAAUACGACAUUGGUGAGUAGUUUGGUAGAUUAACUUCUCAAAAGCUCGGAGUUUUCAGGUAUGUUUAUUCGAUACAUGAAAAGAUUCAAUGAAAAAUACACCAAAACGGAUGGCUACGAAGAGUCAUUGAUUCUACACGAAAACAAGAAUAUGAUAUCGUUCAGGAAAAAUUUCAUGGUUUCUUGGAAUCAAGAUUUAGAAUCAAAUCAAACAAUGUUUUGGUCGUUUUCAUUUGCUGUCAACAAAGAAAACCAAAGAAUCCAAAAAGUUAUUGUAACUCCUUUGAAUUAUCCUGGAAUACCUAACGCCGGUCAAAAACAUUCAGCACUCGAAUUAAUCAACAAAACAUUAACUAAAAUCGGUGCUCAUCUUCAGCUUAAAAAUCGAAAUAUUUUCGAACUUCGAGAUACUAAUCGUUUAUAUAAUUCAGAGUAUUGCUUAAAAAUAGGCAUGAGAAAUAACAAUUACACCGAAUUUCUUAUAAUUUUUCAAAUUUACGGUAACUUUGUGCAAGUUUAUGGAAAUAUUGUUGACAAUCCUAGUUUUGAUGGUUUCAUGGUGAAUUUGAAUUUCAAUGAGAAUUCAUUAAUCAAACAAUUUUUUUUAGAGAAACUCAACAAUUUCGAUUCAAAAUUUGGGGGAUCAGUUAAUUUUUCAAGUUCGAUUCUAUUAUUACAAAGAAAACAUCGGCUAUGAAUUAGAUUUUAUAGUCAAGUCUUAUUAUGUAGGUGAUCAUAGAGAACUGCAAAUAUGCUGAAAAUAAAUAUUUUCAGAUCGCAGAGAUUGAUACUUACGAAAUACACGAAUUUAUGAUUAGUUGCUUUGAAGAAAUGACGGAUAAAGAGAGAGAAGAUCAAAAUUCUGGUUUGAAAAUCGAAGGUUUCAACAAAUAA